AGAUAGGGCAUUCAACGUGUAUAAUGAAUUCUACAUACACACGACGCACAUGUGUUUUUAUUUAAAUUAUGAAAUUUGGAAAACUGAAACUGAUAACACUAUUAAACAAUUAUAUCAAGUUUCUUCAAGAAUGAAAGAACAGUUAUUGGAAGCUUCAGAGGUACAAGGGACUAUGCUUCAAAGUCAGAAGGAAAGUUUAAAAAUGCAAAAUCAGCUUUUAGAUCAUGGGAAAGAACUCGGCACUGUGUUGAGGUCAUCCUCAGAAAGUGUUAACAUUAUGGUCAAAGAUUUUAAUGACAAGGAAAGCUUAAUAAGCACGACAUGGAUGUAUAGAAAAAUAGCUCUGUCCCUUUGUGCUAUAACACUAUUUUGUACAUAUUACUAUUACAAAGAUGAGCAUGUAGAAAACUAUAAAGCGUUGAAACGCAUAGAACACAAAUUGAACAGUAUCCAGGAAGUAACAGCUGUUUCUACUAAUCAUCGUUAUUAUACUCGAUUGCAAGUAAAACGUUUGAAAGCCGAGACAAAUAAAGAAAUAAAGGAGUGAAAAAUGAAAUAAUAAAA